AUGGUUCGCCUCAUACUAGGACUUCUGGCCCUUGCCGCAAUCGUAUGCGACUUUACUGUAUCUGCAAUUCUCCCAAAUCCCAAUCGUCGUAUCCGCCGGCAAGCAAGCAAUUGUUCUACUCCGGUAGAUCCCGCGAUAAAGGCACCGAAACCAAACCCUUGGCUUCCAUUCUCGAGAAAUGAGACAGCUACACUUCUCGAAUGGCUCCAUGCUCCAGCUCAAGGGCUCAAUUUGACGGUAUAUGCAAACUUCACCCCUUGGGAUAACCGUGUCGGGGUUACCGAGCUUUUGAUUCCGAAUAAAACGGAUGUUUUGAAUUAUUUGGAGGGCGGUCCUGCUCCAGUCCGGUAUGCGCGUGUUGAACUUUACUUUGGCGCCACAGAAAACCCGUAUACUGAAGACUACAUCGUUGGUCCUAUUCCCGUUUCGGAAGCAACAACUAUCAACCCUCUGAACUUUAUAUACAACAAGGGCAAUGGCAAAUCACCUGUCUAUGCUGCCGAUUACCAACUCCUGAUUCAAUGGGCCGAAUCAAUUGGGACGCAAAUUUCUGAUAUCAUGCUGGACAUUCUUGGGACGGAUCUAAACACAUCUCGUAUCAUAGCAUCGGACCCUAAACAAGAGGAUGGUAGGACUAUUCUCUGGGCGCAAUACGGGCUCUAUCCUACAAGUGAAUAUGAUAGCGGGUCUAUCCUCCCACAGGGCCUUUUCUUGAAAACCGAUAUCACUGGUCGGAAACCGGAAGAAUGGAAACUGCUCAAUAUCUUUUAUGAUAAUAUUCUAUAUGAUGGAGUUGAUGAAUUCCGCAAGGCGUGGGAAACUCCCGGGUUCAACAAACUUACGAAACAAGUCGAUGGAAACUGGACACACACGGGAAGAUCUAGCACAGGAGAAAGUAUCCCGCUAGAUGAACGGGCGCCUCCAAUCUCGAUCCAGCCCGAAGGUCAAAGAUUCAGUGUCGACAAAGAUGAAAAUUAUGUCAAAUGGAUGGAUUUCGAGUUUUAUACCGGCUUUAGUCGAGAUCUAGGGGUAACACUCUACAAUAUCAAGUACAAGGGUAAGCGAAUAAUAUAUGAGCUUGGGCUCCAAGAAGCGAUUGCGCACUAUGCCGGGAAUGAUCCCAUGCAAAGCAGAACGGCAUACCUGGAUAGCUAUUACGGAUUUGGCCCCUACGUGUUUGAGCUAUUACCAGGAUACGAUUGCCCAACCUAUUCAACAUUCCUCAAGACCUCGUACAGUGAAGCUGGCUAUUCAUUUACCAAUAAAGACAGCAUCUGCUUGUUUGAGCAGGAUGCGGGAUAUCCUCUCCAACGUCACACUUCUAGGGACUUUAUAACGGUCACAAAAAACACGGUGUUUACACUCCGAUUCGUUUCAACGGUUGGAAAUUACGAUUAUAACUUUGACUAUAACUUUUACCUUGACGGGAGCAUUGAGGUGAAGGUCAGAGCAUCUGGAUAUAUACAAGCGGCUUUUUAUGCCAAUAACGAGGAUUAUGGCUAUAAGAUUCAUGAUGCUAUAUCAGGCUCUAUGCACGACCAUGUCUUGAAUUUUAAGGCUGAUAUUGAUGUGCUUGGAGUGAAAAAUACUUUUGAGAAGGUCGCUAUCGUCAGCGAUACAGUAGAUUAUGUGUGGUCACCCAUUCCUCGUAAUACUAUGCGUCUUGAGCGAUCUUUUGUUGAGAAUGAGGAUGAUGGGAAAAUCAACUGGCCAACGAACAGUGCUGCAAUGUACGUUGUUGUCAACACCGAUGAGCCCAACAUCUAUGGAGAAUACCCUGGCUACAGAAUCCUCCCAGGUUCUGGAUCCCCAAUUCAUCUUACAAUCCAAAACUCGUCAAAUCUGCUCAAUUCCGCCGAGUUUGGAACCCAUCAUCUCUAUGUUACCAAGCAGAAAGACACAGAACCCCGUUCUGCUGCCGCCGCGAACUCAAUGGACCUUGGAGAUCCACUUGUAAAUUUUGGGAAUUUUUUUGAUAGCGAAUCAUUGGCUCAAGAAGACAUAGUUGUUUGGUUCAAUUUGGGCAUGCACCAUGUUCCGCAUACCGGCGAUCUCCCGAAUACGGUAUUCACGACCGGACAGUCCAGCGUUUUCCUUUCACCUCAUAAUUAUCUCCUCGGAGAUCCGUCUCGAUUUACCUCUCAGCAAGUAGAAGUGAGAUUUACACCCGGGGUCGAUAACUCGGCUGUUGUGAAAGAUGCCCCAUCCACACCCAAAUGUUUGGUGGUAGACAUGUCUCCAAUGUUUCCUGAUUUCAGCACUUACCAGGGCGGGGAGCAAACCCGGAAAUUCCCCUACACCGAUGAGGUGGAUCCUAAUGCUUCGGACCCCUGA